AUGUGGCCCGGCCAGGCCAUGACCCUCAAGGUCAAGAAGGUCAUUCACCACGAGAAGUCCCAGUACCAGGAUGUCCUCAUCUUCGAGUCCACCGACUACGGCAUGGUCCUGGUCCUGGACAACGUCAUCCAGGCCACCGAGCGUGACGAGUUCUCCUACCAGGAGAUGAUUACCCACCUGGCCAUGAACUCCCACCCCAACCCCAAGAAGGUCCUCGUCAUCGGCGGCGGCGACGGCGGUGUCCUCCGCGAGGUCGUCAAGCACGAGUGCGUCGAGGAGGCCAUCCUCUGCGACAUUGACGAGGCCGUCAUCCGCCUGUCCAAGCAGUACCUCCCCAACAUGGCCGUCGGCUUCGACCACCCCAAGUCCAAGACCCACGUCGGCGACGGCUUCAAGUUCCUCGAGGAGUACAAGAACACCUUUGACGUUAUCAUCACCGACUCCUCCGACCCCGAGGGCCCCGCCGAGUCCCUCUUCCAGAAGCCCUACUUCCAGCUCCUCCACGACGCCCUGAGGGAGGGCGGUGUCAUCACUACCCAAGGUUCCGAGAACCAGUGGCUCCACAUGCCCCUCAUCUCCAAGCUCAAGAAGGACUGCAAGGAGAUCUUCCCCGUCGCCGAGUACGCCUACACCACCAUCCCCACCUACCCCAGCGGCCAGAUCGGCUUCAUGGUCUGCACCAAGGACGCCGGCCGCAACGUCAAGGAGCCCCUCCGCAAGUGGUCCGCCGAGGAGGAGGAGAAGCUGUGCAAGUACUACAACGCCGACAUCCACAAGGCCGCGUUCGUCCUGCCCAACUUUGCCAAGAAGGCUCUCGAGUAA